AUUGUCAGCCAGUGCAGCUCUUCGCGAGCGACUGACUGUGUGAUUGUGAGUCUGUUGUUUCUGCGCCACUCUGUGAUUAGAGCUCGUGCUGAGGAAUCGGACUGUCAGUGGCAGGAACUUCCCCCGUCGAGCUGCGGAAGCCUGGACACACACAGCUGCUCCGGCCGCCCGAUUUCAGCCCCAAACCCUCACAGUCGGGCUGCGGAGCGUUAUACUGACUCGAGGCUCGUGGUGGGACGAGCAGGAACAAGCCCUGUUACGGUUGUGGGUGAUCUGGAUGUUCCGCUGAACGGAUGCGUGAGGACAUGUCGAGCGUGGUGUGUGUGAAGGAGACAGAUGGGCAGGGGGACCCCGGAGAGAAGCUGUCCCAGGAUGAGCUGCUAUGUCGGACACGGGAGGUCAUGCAGGGGCUGGAGGCGCUCCGUGCUGAACAUCAGACCAUCCUGGAGGGGCUGAUGGGGACCUUGCACUGCCUCAAACAGAGCCAGGAGGGUCGUGCUGUUGAGGAGAAGACCGCCAUGAUCCAACGCUCUAUGGAGAUGCUAGAGCUGGGCCUUAGCGAAGCACAGGUGAUGAUGGCUCUGUCAGGGCAUCUGAGUGCAGUGGAGGCAGAGAAACAGAAGCUUCGAGCACAGGUGCGGAGGCUGUGUCAGGAGAACCAGUGGCUGAGAGACGAGCUGGCAGGAACCCAGCAGCGGCUGCAGAAGAGUGAGCAGAGCGUGGCCCAGCUGGAGGAGGAGAAGAAACAUCUGGAGUUCAUGAACCAGCUCAAGAAAUAUGACCAGGACCUCAGCCCAUCAGAUGAUAAGGACUCUGAUUCCAGUAGGGAGACACUGGAUGAUCUUUUCCCAGAUGAGCAGGAUGAGCCGGGCCAUGGCAUCCAGCCUCCUCACAGCAGUGCAGUAGCAGCAGCGCAGCAGGGCGGUUACGAGAUCCCCGCUCGUCUCAGAACCCUCCACAAUCUGGUGAUCCAGUACGCCUCGCAGGGCAGGUAUGAGGUGGCCGUUCCUCUCUGCAAACAGGCUCUGGAAGAUCUGGAGAAAACAUCUGGACACGAUCAUCCUGAUGUAGCCACCAUGCUCAACAUUCUCGCCCUCGUCUACAGGGACCAGAAUAAAUACAAAGAGGCAGCAAACCUCCUUAAUGAUGCACUGGCCAUCAGAGAGAAGACCCUGGGCAGAGACCACCCUGCGAACACCAUCACUCAUUAUAUUGAACUUAAUGUGUGUGUGUGUGUGUGUGUGUUUGGGCUUGAACUGAUGCUGUUUUUAUGUCCUUGGUUUCCCCCUGCAGAUGAAAAUAAACCCAUCUGGAUGCAUGCAGAGGAGAGAGAAGAACAGAGCAAGGGCAAGCAGAAGGAUGGUUCUCUGUUUGGAGAGUAUGGUGGCUGGUACAAGGCCUGUAAAGUAGACAGCCCCACUGUCACAACCACGCUGAAGAAUCUCGGAGCUCUCUACAAGAGACAGGGCAAGUUUGAGGCUGCAGAGACUCUGGAGGAGGCGGCUCUGCGCUCUAGAAAGCAGGGUCUGGACACGGCACAUAAGCAGCGUGUGGCAGAGGUGCUGGGAGACCCUGAAGUACGAGAGAAGCAGCGGAGCCGUGAGAGCCUGACCUCAGACACGGUGAAGUACGAAAGCGGCCCUGACGGAGGAGAGGAAGACGGCUCGGGCUCGCUGAAGCGCAGCGGUUCCUUUAGUAAACUGCGGGCCUCUAUCCGGCGCAGCAGUGAGAAACUGGUCCGCAAGCUCAAAGGAGGCGGCUUACGAGAAAAUGAACCCAAAAAUCCGGGGUAACUAUCACCACUUCCCUCCCUAUUCUGAGACCAAACCUCCCCUUCCCAAUAUCCCAAAACAUUCCCACUGCGGACUAAACAAUGACUGGCAGGCGUGCAUGACACUGUGACAUUAAACCUCAAACACAAAACACACUGGAAUAGCAGACUGACUUGCUAUGGUUUAAAAACGGGGAAAGGGAAAUGCUCAGUCAGGCUUUUGGGAAGACGGUGUUAAAAUUUUUCGAUAUGAGUUUUAACUAAACUCUGCAGUGUUGAUCUCAAGGAGCAGGAUUGAGCACCUGAGUUUAGGAUCCCAGAGGGACAAAAUUAUCUGUAUCAAUAUGUAUCACCAGAUCUCUGUCUGGAAUGAUGUCAGUAGACUUUCUAAAAAUAAUUUAAAGGGUCAUUGGGAGUCGUAGACUGUAAAUAUGGAAAGGCUGAAGUGAAUUAAGGUGAAUGUCCUAAUCUGGAUUACUCUUAACACUGGAUGACACCAAAAAAAAAAAAAGAAUGCUUUUCCCUUCCUCAAAACAGUUUUUAAAAUGGAUUUAUAGAAUUCUCUCUUUAAUAUGAGGGAGGCAGGAGGUUUACUACUUGGAGAUGGGAUUUUGCACACUGGGAUGACGUUAUAUUGAAGGAAAGUCCUCUGCCGGUAUAUGCAAAGUCUCUUUCUCUUUCACCCAAUUUUAAGUGGAUGAAGGAAUUUUCUUGCUUUAUUAACUGGACUGUAUUUUUUGCACAUGUACAAACCUGUGUAACCCUGAAUUGACAUCUAACGUGACGGGUGACAUUAUGAUGGAGUGUGUUGAGCUCAAAUCACUUGUGUCUGUUACUGGGGUUCCUGUAGCAUCUGAUUUGCCAGAUGUGACUAACUUUCUCUCCUUACCCUGUAAAAUGCAAUUUAUGUUUUUAUUUAUUCCUUGCAUUUUAACUUUAUUUUCUGGUGAGUGUUAUUAUGAUUACUUUAUCUUUUAUGCCUUUUUGCUUGGUGACUUUUCUCGAUGCCUUUUCAUGUCUGCUUGGAUCUGUUUUUUAUUUGAGGACUUAUAUUUCUCUGUGCUGUGUUGUACAUGUGUUUUAUUUUGAAUAAACAUUUCCAUGCAAAUUUGCUGUCUGCUGCAUGCCUGUUUCCUCCAUUUUCUGUCUUGUGGUCUCAUUUGCUGUGUUACCCUUUUUUUUAACCUCUUCUCAUCUUCUUAUAUGUUGUGUCUACCAACUCCCUGGCAGAUAUCUCCUUUUU